CAUACUUUUAUAUAUAAAAUAUUAUCAAUAAAAUUGUUAUUUUUAUAUUAAAAAAUAAACUUAAUUAUUAUUUGUGUAUUUAAGUUUUUAUAUCAAAACAACAAUAAAUGAGUGAGAUGGUGAUGAGAUUAAGAGGAGGGGCGUGGAGUACAUUUACAAAUCAUUCAUCCAAUUAAUUGUAAUAAUCAAAUAAGAAAUCAAAUCACAUAUAAAUGGCUGCUACUCAAGGAUGUUCUGGCGGCGGCGGCGGCCGCACGUACUGGAGUGCAAGAGAAAACAAGGCCUUUGAAGAGGCGCUAGCGGUGUACGAUCAGGACACGCCGGAUCGGUGGUACAGCAUUGCGAAGCUGGUGGGAGGCGGGAAGACGGAGGAGGAGGUGAAGAGGCACUACCAAAUCCUCGUGAGGGACAUCAACCUCAUUGAGUCCGGCCGCGUCCCCUUCGUCUCGGAUCUGGUGCUAUGAGAGAGCUAGAUUGAGGUUCUUCAUGUGCUUGUUCAUCACAACUCUCCUGGUUGCUUUGUUCUAACUCAGGCUCGUGAUCUUCUGCAUCAUUGGCUUCUUGAGUGUCAUUGUCUUCACUUCGAGCUGGAGUGAGAUCGGCACUCUUGCUACUUCUCAAUCUUGGUCUCUCCGAAUUUUUAUUGUCUUCAAUUGUUUGGUCUUCAAGAAUACAACAUCUCUGCUCCGAACAACUUUUCUGUUAAAUAGAUCCCAAAGCCGGUACCCAUAUUAAUCCUUUCUGUUGAAAAGGCAAUGAGGCAUUACCAAUGGAGAGAGUACAAUAGUUCGUAAUUCCAUGAUUAGUAUAACUAGUUUUUACCUCGUACGUGGCCGGACUUAAUGCGGUUGAUAUCCCUCACGAGGAUUUGGUAGUGCC